AACGUGCAAUAAUAAAGAGACUAAAAAAGUGGACAUGUUAUUAUGAAUGAGACUGAGAGAGUGAUCCCACUAACACGACGGUGGUGGAGGAAAAAGAAGCACGUAAGUAACAACCCUCUCUUUCCCAUAUUCACAAAACGACACAUAACAUUCACAUUCCUUUAAUUGCGUUACAUUUUCUAUGUGCUCAAUUCAACUAAAGGAAAGUAAAGUGAGAGUGUGAACCAGGUAAAGCACAAAACAAGAACAAAACAAAAAACCAGAAUCUUCUCUUACCUUUGUCACUGCUACUUGCUAUCUACAUAUUAACUAACUUCCAACAAGGUAUGUAAAAUAUCUUCAUUUCACAUUUAGAUAACAGAAUUAGACACCCAUUUGCAAAAAGUUUCAAUCUUUGAGUGAAACAAUGGAAGUUAGCAAAGUUAGAUCCUUCAUUUUCAUGCUUCUUCUCACUUUAUCAAGUUGUUUUUUUGCAACUGGACAAAACCAACAACCUAUUAAAACUGUUGUUGUUUUGGUUAUGGAGAACCGUUCUUUUGAUCAUAUGUUGGGGUGGAUGAAGAAAGCUAUCAACCCUUUAAUUGAUGGUGUUAAUGGAGAUGAAUGCAAUCCAGUUUCUACUGAAAGUCCAAGAAAAGAUACAAUUUGUUUCAGUGAUGAUGCUGAGUUUGUGGAUCCGGAUCCAGGUCAUUCAUUUGAAGAUGUUUUGCAACAGGUAUUUGGUAAUGGUUCAAUUCCUUCAAUGAAUGGUUUUGUGGAACAAGCAUUGUCUGUGUCUCAGAAUCUUUCUGAGACUGUAAUGAAAGGGUUUAAACCACAAUCUGUUCCUGUUUAUGCUGCUUUGGUUAAGGAAUUUGCUGUUUUUGAUAGAUGGUUUUCUUCAAUUCCUGGUCCAACACAACCUAAUAGGCUUUUUGUGUAUUCUGCAACUUCUCAUGGUUCAACAAGUCAUGUUAAGAGACAGUUAGCAAAAGGGUAUCCUCAAAAAACAAUCUUUGAUUCUAUGCAUCAGAAUGGUCUGGACUUUGGAAUUUAUUUUCAAAACAUACCAACAACUCUUUUCUAUAGGAAUCUAAGGAAAUUGAAAUACAUAUCUAAAUUUCAUCAGUAUGAUUUGAAGUUCAAGAAAGAUGCUAGAGAUGGGAAGCUUCCACCUUUGACAGUGAUUGAGCCUAGGUACUUUGACUUGGUCGGUUUGCCGGCGAAUGAUGACCAUCCAUCUCAUGAUGUUGCAAAUGGACAAAUGCUUGUUAAAGAAGUUUAUGAGAGUCUAAGAGCAAGUCCACAGUGGAAUGAAACUCUUUUGGUUAUUACAUAUGAUGAGCAUGGUGGAUUUUUUGAUCAUGUGAAGACUCCUUUUGUUAACAUUCCUAGUCCAGAUGGAAAUACAGGACCUGCUCCUUAUUUCUUCAAGUUUGAUAGGUUAGGCGUUCGGGUGCCAACUAUUAUGGUCUCUCCUUGGAUCAAGAAAGGGAUUGUGAUGAGAAGCCCCAAAGGACCAGCUCCAAACUCCGAGUUUGAGCACUCGUCAAUUCCUGCCACCAUAAAGAAGAUGUUCAACCUUUCCUCUAACUUUUUGACUCACAGAGAUGCAUGGGCUGGAACAUUUGAGGAUGUUGUUGGCGAGUUAAGUUCACCUAGAACGGAUUGUCCAAUGACUUUGCCGGACGUAACACCUCUAAGGAGAACUGAAGCAAAAGAAAAUGAUGGUCUCUCUGAGUUUCAAAGUGAAGUAGUUCAGUUGGCAGCUGUUCUGAAUGGAGAUCACUUCUUGAGCAGUUUCCCGGAUGAAAUGAGCAAGAAGAUGAGUGUGAAAGAAGCUCAUGAUUAUGUGAAGGGAGCUGUUUCAAGAUUCAUAAGAGCUAGCAAAGAGGCUAUCAAGUUAGGGGCAGAUGAGUCUGCUAUUGUAGAUAUGAGAUCCUCACUCACUACCAGAUCUUCUAUUCAUAAUUAAUAUAAAGAAAUACUCGAAAAAAAGAAAACGAAGAAAAAAAGAGUUGUGUGGGAAACUUGUAUCUAGUCUAGUGUGAGUCAUUUGAUUAGUAUUAGGUUAGAUAUUCUUAGGAUUGUGAAAAGUGGAAUGCCAUAGGAGGCGAAGUCUCUGUGUGUGUGUUUUCUCGCUAGAAUGUUAUCGGUUGGUAAGUCAAUGCAAAUAUAGAAUGUCUCUCAUAAGUCUCUAUGUUUGCGAAAACUCAGAAAAGGAAAUAAACCAACUUGGAGACUGGAGAGUUAUGGUUUGGUUGGUGAGUGAUUUUGAAUUAGAAAAGUUUGAUCCUUUUGUACAAACUACUACAAAUGUAGUGUCAUAGUUUCCUUUUGAUUUGUUUGUAUUAUCAUUUGAAUUUCUUGAUUGUGAUGAGCUAGCUACAUAAUAUUUAAUUGAUACAGUAUUUUCUGGUAUAGCA